AAUACGUACUUGCAUUUAUAACCAAGCGGCAGUUCCCGUGAAAGUUGUACUGUGUAACUUAUUGAGUAAGGUUAUUUUACAAAUAAAGUGACAUUUGUGAAGGUGAACUAGAUAUGCACUAUUACGAUACAUUUGUAACCUUGCUUUCCUGUGUACACUUACUGUGUUGAAAGUUACAAGUCAACCGUUCUUGUAAAUAAUCCCGAUUUGUGUUACAAAUACCCUUUUGAAUUAAAGCCCAAAAUCAGGCCGGCCCCACGCAGAAUGGACGCGAUCUUAUCUUCCAUGGAGGACGCGGUGUAUGAACCGUUGGUUUCGUCAUUCACGUCCAAACCGCACCCAUUCCUGGAGCGUGACACCCUCCUCCGACAAACCCUCGGCCUCACCCUGAUCGUCAACCUGGCCGGAUAUUUCCUCUACUUUUUCGCCGCUGGGAUGAGCUAUGUCUUCAUUUGGGAUAAACGGUUCGAGAAACAUCACCUCUUUUUAAAGAAUCAAGUCUCUCGCGAAAUCGGGGUGUCAUCGAGGUCGAUUUUGCUCAUGAGUUUCCUCACGAUGCCGUUCUUCCUGCUCGAGGUGCGCGGCUAUUCGCGCCUUCAUGACGAACUUCCCAGCGCGGGGUCGCUAAUUUUGUCCAUCGUGACCUUCGUCCUUUUCACGGACUGCGCGAUCUACUGGAUCCACCGCUGGUUGCAUGCCCCCCUUCCCUACAAAUUCCUGCACAAGACGCACCACACGUGGAAAAUUCCGACGCCAUUCGCAUCCCAUGCGUUCCAUCCUAUGGACGGAUUCCUACAAAGCGUGCCGUAUCAUAUUUACAUAUUUCUCUUCCCAAUGAACAAAUGGCUUUAUUUGGGAAUGUUCACGUUGGUCAACUUUUGGACGGUGUCCAUUCACGACGGGGACUUCCGGGUGCCCAACUUUCUGAAGCCGUACGUCAACGGGGCUGCCCAUCACACGGAUCACCACCUUUUCUACAAUUUCAAUUAUGGACAAUUUUUCACGCUGUGGGAUCGCAUCGGUGGAAGUUUUAAGGAACCAAGCUCAUUUCAGAAGGAUUCUCCAUUGAGAAAGUUGACCAAACAUAAUAAUUGAACAGUUACUGAGAAAAAUUCUGAAAUUUUUAGGAAAUAAAAAUCGUACUUUGUUCCGUCCGAUAAAUAAAUUACUUUUUUGAAGAUAGA